UUCAACAGGAACUCACAGCAUCAUUUUGCCUUUAGGCAGGGACAGAUCUGACGUGGACAAACUGAACACAGGAUGGCUGGCGCAGCGGUGCUCGCGUUCCUGCAGGGGCUGACCCGGAGGAAGCCCCUGGAUCCGGAAGGAGAGGUGUCCACAUUCCGCCGGUGCCUGAACACCCUGGACCUGGUGGCCCUGGGAGUGGGCUCCACGUUGGGAGCAGGGGUGUACGUGCUGUCUGGCGAGGUCGCCCGGACCAUUUCCGGCCCCAGCAUCAUCAUCUCUUUCUUCAUCGCUGCCUUGGCGUCCAUUUUCGCCGGGCUGUGUUACUCCGAGUUUGGCUCCAGGGUCCCCAAAACAGGCUCCGCCUACCUCUACAGCUACGUCACAGUUGGGGAGAUCUGGGCCUUCAUCACGGGCUGGAACUUACUGCUCUCUUACGUUAUUGGUACCUCAAGUGUAGCCUUGGCGUGGAGUGGAACCUUUGAUGAUCUCCUGGGAAAUGUCAUCUCUGACUACUUAAGCAAGCAUGCAGCGAUGGGCUUACCUGGCCUGGCUCCCUACCCAAACAUCUUUGCAGCAGGAUUGAUCAUGCUCCUUGCCAGUCUCUUGGCGUUUGGAGUGAAAGAGUCGACCACAGUCAAUAAGAUCUUCACUGCCAUCAACAUCCUUGUGUUGAUUUUUGUCGUCAUAUCUGGAUGCAUCAAAGGAAACCUGGAUAACUGGCACAUCAGUGAAGAAACCCUUCUGAAUGCUACUUGUGUCGCUGAAAACCUUACCUCCGUGGUGAAUGUGACAAGCAAAUUUGGCGUGGGAGGUUUCUUCCCCUAUGGUGUGGAGGGAACACUAUCUGGAGCUGCCACUUGUUUCUAUGCCUUUGUUGGGUUUGACUGCAUUGCCACUACAGGAGAGGAGGUGAAGAACCCUCAGAAGUCCAUCCCCAUGGGCAUCGUGGCCUCCCUGCUCAUCUGCUUCCUGGCCUACUUCGCGGUUUCGGCUGCCCUGACCCUCAUGAUGCCGUACUACAUGCUGAACAUACACAGCCCGCUGCCCGUCGCUUUCUCCUACAUCGGCUGGGGAGCCGCCAAGUACGCCGUCGCCGUGGGCUCCCUCUGUGCCCUCUCCACCAGCCUCCUGGGCUCCAUGUUCCCGAUGCCGCGCGUUAUAUUCGCCAUGGCGAGGGAUGGCCUCCUCUUCAAGUUCCUGAGCACAGUCAGCUCACGCAAGAGUCCUGUGAUGGCCACACUCUCUUCCGGCACAGUGGCGGCCAUCAUGGCCCUCCUGUUUGACCUGAAAGCUUUGGUGAAUAUGAUGUCUAUUGGAACACUCUUUGCCUACACUCUGGUGGCCAUUUGCAUUCUCAUUCUCAGGUACCAAGAAGACCCUGAUGAAGACUGCACUGAGAUCUGUAAAGAAGAAUCUUUCUCCAGUAUGAGCAUGUUAACCCCUCCAUCUCUCCCCACUGCAAAAACCUCCAGAAUUGUAACAACAACCACAUCAGUCAUCGUCGCCCUGGUCCUGGUUCUGGCUGUGAUCCUGACGGUGGCCCUGUGGUCCCUGGUCCGGAAAGAGGUGUGGAGCCUGCUGUGCCUGUCUCUCCUCCUGCUCGCUAUCUCCCUCGCCACCCUCCUCAUAUGGAGACAGCCCAAGAACCCCACCAGGGCUCCCUUCAUGGUGCCCUGCAUCCCAGUGCUCCCUGUGGUCAGUGUCUUCAUCAACAUUUACCUGAUCGUCCAGCUGGGGCCGGAUACCUGGGCGCGAUAUGCCGUCUGGAUGGCAGUGGGAUUCUUAAUCUACUUCAGCUAUGGGGUCCGUCACAGUGUGCAGAAACAACGGCUGCUCAAUGCCCAGAACAUGCAGAUGGUCCAGACCAUCCAGACUCCUGAAGAGGGGGGUGGGGAGAAGGCAGACAAGGGUCAACCCAAUGGGGCGGGGGUGGAGCCAAAAUAGAGGUGACUCAGAAGAAGGACUUACGUAUAUAUACAGUAUCUGUAAAUGAAAUGCCUGUAUUUCAUAUUCACAAAUACAAGCACACACACACAGACACAUAAUCUAUGCACAAUUUUUAGGCAAAAUUCCAUCCACAAAGAUUUUUUUUACAGGAAGAUUAUUCAAUUAUGAAAGAGUCCCAUUGUAAUUCAGUUUUGAAUUUAAUAUUAUGCAUUAAAAGGUUUUUUUAAAGUAUGCCAUAAUAAAAGAUUGUUUAGGAAUAAACUGAAUACAAUGUACAGUAUAUGAUUGAUGUACUGUUAUGUAGCAAGAGAGAGGAACUAUGACUGAAAUGGUAUAAUGGUAUAAUGGUAAAAUUAUUUGACAAUUUUAAAUCUGAUUUUAUGUUAACCAAAAUGUAAUUAACUAAGAAUGUAAUAUUUGUAGUAUUUUUACAAUUACAAGUUGGAGAGAAGAAAAAACUACAGUCAAAUAUACAUGUACAGUGAAACAACUUUAUCAAUCGGAGCAUUUCCUACUUGUAUAGUG